AUGGGAGCAAGGAGGCUGAAAAGAGAUCUUGAAGUUCUUCUUGGGGACUACAUCGGGCAGAGAAUUAGAGAGAAGUCAUUUGAUCCAAAGGGGAAGGGGACCGCCACAAUGCUGGAUGACCUGGCCCAUUAUGAUCUUGCAAUUAGUGUUGCUCUUUGGUGGCUGAAUAAAGAAGAGGGGCGGUAUGUGUUUGACAGAGACAUUUUUGGAGCUACAACUGCUGCCCAUUAUCCAAAUCACUUGGAAAGAGAAGCUAUGAUCCUAUCAUCCUUUGCCGGCAUGAUUAUGAAUAAGCUGCCAGUUGAAGAAAUUCUGGCUCUAUACAAAUGUAAACCCGCUGCUACUUACUCCAAUGAGCAUUCAAAGGCAGCAAUUGUUUACCCUUUUACAUUGUCGUACCAUCCAUUUGCUAUGCUCUCCUCUUACAAGGCUGUACACCAUUCGAAGAAGCAGAAUGACAAGUUGAAACGAUGGCUGUCUGAGAAGGCCAAGGCUAAUGCUCUUCCAACUCGGCCAUCAUCUUCUUCCUCAUCAUCUCAGUCAUUCCUAAGUGACACCAGUGAGUACCACGAAGAAAGGACUGAAAAUUAUGAAGGGUCACAAGAAUCUCUUCAGGACUGA